AUGUUACUCCCCACCUCCGCGCGAUUCUCCCGCACACGAUUACCCAAAUGCUGCAGGACAUACAUCGGCAGUCGGCGCAAUGGAACCUUGUCGCCCGUCAGCUUCCGUCCGUCUGCGGUGAUGGGGCAUAUCCGUCCCUCCCUAUACCAUCCUAUGCGUGCGGCACAAUUAGUUCCGGGACUCGGCUCGCAGGUCUAUUCUACGGCGAUACAUCCGGAAGCGAGCGCAAAGGCGACUAAUCCAGUCACACAUUAUACACCUCCCCAGACGGGCUUGGUCGCUUCUUUGCCACGCUCCUGGAUACCAUAUGCGGAAUUAGUUCGACUCGACAAACCCACGGGCACAUAUUACCUGUUCUUUCCGACACUCUUUUCCACCCUUCUUGCUGCUCCCAUGGCCACCGGUAUAGCUCCAAUGCAAGUGCUUGAAACAGCAGGACUUUUCUUUACGGGUGCGUUGAUCAUGCGGGGUGCGGGGUGCGCCAUCAAUGAUCUGUGGGACAGAAACCUAGACCCCCAUGUUGAACGAACCAAGUUCCGUCCCAUUGCCAGAGGGGCAGUCUCGCCGCGAAAUGCAGUGCUCUUCACCGGUACUCAAUUGCUAGCCGGACUUGGUAUACUCCUUCAAUUCCCUACCCAGUGCCUUUGGUACGGAAUUCCGAGCGUACCCAUUGUGGUUGCGUAUCCGUUGGCCAAACGCGUUACCAACUACCCCCAAUGUGUCUUAGGCCUAGCGUUCUCGUGGGGUGCAAUUAUGGGAUUCCCAGCAUUGGGAGUGGAUCUACUGGCCAACCAUGAUGCCCUUCUGGCCGCAGGGGCUCUGUAUUCUAGCUGUGUGGCGUGGACUGUGCUGUACGACAUGAUAUAUGCGCAUAUGGACAUCAAGGACGACGCGGCUGCCGGUAUCAAGUCGAUCGCUCUUCGACACGAGCAUAACACCAAGGCGGUCCUGACUGGACUGGCACUGACCCAGGUGUCUCUCCUCGGGGCUGCCGGAUUUGCCGCAGGCUGUGGGCCCGUCUUCUUCGUCGGCAGCUGUGGCAGUGCCAUUGUAUCGCUGGGGCUCAUGAUUUGGAGGGUUCAGCUGAAGAACGUGAAGAAUUGCUGGUGGUGGUUCAAGAACGGGUGCCUCCUAACAGGUGGAGGCAUUACCAUGGGUCUCCUCGGCGAGUAUGCCACGCAAUACCUGGGUUUGUACGAUAGCACCGGACUAGAGACCGAGACGAUGUAA